AUGGCUCAGCAAGAAUGUUUUCCAAACCAGUUACAAGGCAACAAUAAGACAGACAUGAUCGCUUCAGUCAAGAAGUUAAACUCUCUUAAUCCCUUUUUUGACAAUGAAGGGGUUGACUACGGUGGUCCUUUCUUGAUAAAGGACAAGAAAGGCAAAGGCUGUAAAACGAACAAGUGUUAUAUUUGCCUAUUUAUAUGUUUCGCUACAAAAGCGAUACAUUUAGAGCUGGUCUCCGAUUUGACUACAGAAUGCUUUAUUUCGGCACUCAGACGUUUCGUAUUUAGGCGAGGCAAACCGGCUCACGUGUACUCAGAUGAUGGCACCAAUUUCGUUGCCAAUUGCGAACUAAAUGAUCUAGCUCGAUUCCUAUUAAAGGAGCAAACAAGCUUAAGUGAAUGCAUCAAUGACAUAGGCAUCAAUUGGCACUUUAUUCCGGCUUACUCUCCGCAUUUCGGAGGUUUGUGGGAAGCUGGAAUAAAGUCCACUAAACACCACUUAAAACGUGUUGCAAGCAAUUCGUCACUGACAUUCGAGGAAUUCUAUACGUUGAUUACACAGAUAGAAACAAUAUUAAACUCGCGACCAUUAACUCCCAUGUCGACGGAUCCUAACGAUCUCAUUUCUCUUACUCCCGCUCACUUUCUAAUUGGAAAGAUUUUAAAUUCAAUGGCCGAUCUCGAUUUGACCCAUUUGCCAGGUUGUCCAGAUGGCAGCUGGUCCAGAAUCUGCAGCAGCAUUUUUGAAAGAGAUGGAGCAAGAUAUUUGUCGGAACUACAACAGCACACAAAAUGGAAAAGGCCCUUUCCACAACUAAAGGAAGACACGAUG